UGAGAACCGUGAAAUGCUUAAUUUUCCAACGCUUUUCGCUGCUUAAUGGUUGCUAGUUUUAAGCCAGUUUAAAAUUGUUUUUUAGACCGCUGAGAACUCGAGUAAAAUGAUCCGAUUUGUUGGCUUAAUUUUCCUCAUAGUUUUAGUCCAGGACUGUGACUCUAUGGAUUCAGUUAAUUUUGCUACAGACUACUACAGUUCUUCGGUUUUGGGUUUACUAAAACUGCUUGAAAUUGAGCGACAGUUCAUGGAAGAAUUCGUUGGCCAUGCAGAUGUCCUGCAAGAGAAGCUGGACAACCUGCAAAUGUACAUCGACUCAUUGGAUCGUACCAAGCAUGAAAGCCACAAGGAACGGGAAAGGUUCGUCUCCAAUCCACUCAACGCUUACGGACUGAUCCGUCGCCUGCAGCAGGACUGGCCCAAAUGGCAGAACUACACCAAGAAGCCACUGGGAACAGCCCAGCUGCAGGGCAUGGAAGAGCUGCUCUUGAAGGCGCCUGAUAACCACGACAUGACAGAGUCGCUCAAGUCAAUGGAUCGAAUUGAGAGAACCUAUGACCUGCCAGCCAGCCAAAUAGCCAGGGGUCUGCUGCAGCACCAGCAAUACGACACUCAACUGUCAGUCAGAGACUGCUUGGCCUUGGCACAGCACAAAAAUGUAUCGGGCGACUAUAUACGUGCCUCCAUGUGGUAUCGCGAGGCACUGCGCCACGAGUCCGAGCCAAACGCCGAGAUUAUCAACGCAGUUUUGGGCAAUCCCCUCGAAGGUGUGGAACAUCAGUUUGCCAGCGCCAUUAUCAUACGCGAACUUGGUCUAUCGGGUAAAUCGCUGAGCCGGACGAGAAUGCAAGGAGUAGCCAGCCACUUUUUGACCAACUCCAAGCCACAAGUUGUGGAUGCAUUCAUCAGGCAUUAUCUCGCUGAAAGCGAUGAGGGAAUAGCCAAAGAGUUGGGAACGCUACAGACGCCGCCUACUUCCCGCGAAUUCGGAUGUCGUGGACUCUAUGCGAAGCGCACGAAUCUCGUGUGUCGCUACAACAGCACCACAACGCCAUUCCUGAGACUGGCACCCCUGAAAAUGGAGGAGAUAAGCCACGAUCCCUACAUCGUUAUGUACCACCAAGUGUUAUCGGACCGAGAAAUUGGGGAAAUGAAGCAACUGGCACAGCCAAUGACCAAUGGUUUGUCGGGCUCUAUCGAGGCGAAUAAUUCGGAGCCCCUGGAAGUUGUGGCACGCAUUGCAUGGCUGCUCGAAGCGUCGCCCUUCAGGGAGCGGCUAAAUCUCCGCAUUGGCGACAUGACCGGCUUCGAUGUGAGUGAGUUCAAGGCCCUGCAGGUGGCCAACUUUGGUGUGGGCUCGUACUUCAAGGCACACUUCGAUUACCUCACCAAUCGCAUCGUAGACACGAGCAUCUCCCAGUUGGGCGAUCGCACUGGCAGCCUCAUCAUCUAUGCCGGUGAAGUGCAACAAGGUGGAGCCACAAUAUUCCCCGACAUUCAGGUGAUGGUCCCACCCCAGAAGGGCAACAGUUUGUUCUGGUACAACACAUUCGACGACUCGACCCCUGACCCGCGUUCCCUGCAUGCCGUAUGCCCCGUCAUAGCGGGAUCUAGAUGGACGGUUACGAAAUGGCUCCACCAAUGGCCACAAAUGUUUCUGAAGCCCUGCAGUCCACGUCCGCGGGCAGUGGAACGAAAAUCUUAAAUUGCAAUUUAAGAUAAAUAAAGUUUGAAAUUGCAAAGUGAA